GUGAGAAAUGUGUACGUGAAUGAUGCAAUACGUUUGACGUUUUACGUUCACUUGAAAAUCAGUGAUUGUUGGACAAACACAACUUUUUCGACAUGGGUGACAACGUGGUUGAACAAAUGGAGAAUUUAAAUGUAAAAGACAACAAAAAGGCAAACAAGCCAAAAAAGGAGAAGAACACUGGUGGUUCAGCUCCUCCACGAGAGGCAAAACCAGAGCCAGAAUUCAUCAAAUCACGUUUGGUUCUGUGGGACAAACUGAAGAAGAAGUACGAUGAAGAGUUGGAGUUGAAAGCACGCGUUCCAAUCAAUGUCACACUGCCAGAUGGGAAAAUUGUUGAGGGAACGUCUUGGCAAAGCACCCCAUACGAUAUUGCCAAAACGAUUAGCUCUGGUUUAGCCGAAUCAACUGUCAUUGCUAAAGUGAAUAAUGUUCUAUGGGAUUUGGAUCGACCACUCGAAGGUGAUUGCACAUUGCAAUUGCUUAAGUUCGAUAAUCCCGAAGCACAAGCAGUAUUUUGGCACAGUUCGGCGCACGUUUUAGGCGAAGCCAUGGAACAUAUUUACUGCGGACAUUUGUGCUAUGGUCCACCAAUCGAAAGUGGAUUCUACUACGAUAUGCACCAUGAAGGAGAAGGUAUAUCCCAGACCGAUUUUCCUGUAAUGGAAAGCAAAAUCAAGCAAAUUGUUAAGGAAAAACAACCAUUCGAGCGAUUGGAAAUGACAAAGGAUGAACUGCGUGAAAUGUUCGCUUACAAUCAAUUCAAGUUGCGAAUCAUCAACGAGAAAAUCGAUACAGACAAGACCACUGUAUAUCGAUGCGGUCCAUUGAUUGAUUUGUGCCGUGGCCCCCAUGUUCGUCACACCGGAAAAGUUAAGGCUGUUAAGGUUACCAAGAGCUCGGCUACCUACUGGGAAGGUAAAUCCGAUGCCGAAAGCUUGCAACGUGUGUAUGGAAUCUCAUUUCCUGAUCCAAAACAAUUGAAAGAAUGGGAAAAGAUCCAAGAAGAAGCUGCCAAGCGUGAUCAUCGUAAACUUGGACGAGAACAAGAGCUGUUCUUCUUCCACGAAUUAUCGCCGGGUUCAUGCUUUUUUUUGCCGCGCGGUGCACACAUCUACAACACGUUGGUCAAUUUCAUCAAAACUGAAUACCGUAAACGUGGUUUCAAAGAGGUCGUUUCGCCAAAUAUCUACAACUCCAAAUUGUGGCAAACGUCGGGUCAUUGGCAACAUUAUGCCGAAAAUAUGUUCUCAUUCGAUGUGGAAAAGGAAACGUUUGCAUUGAAACCAAUGAAUUGUCCGGGUCAUUGUCUCAUUUUCGACAAUCGUUCUCGUUCAUGGCGUGAACUGCCACUCCGUUUGGCCGAUUUUGGUGUGCUCCAUCGUAACGAAUUGUCUGGAGCACUCACCGGUUUGACUCGAGUGCGUCGUUUCCAACAAGAUGACGCUCACAUCUUCUGCACAAAUGAGCAGAUCAAAGAAGAAAUCGACGCCUGUUUAGAUUUCUUAUCGUUUGUUUACUCGAAAUUCGGUUUCACCUUCGCUCUCGAACUAUCAACACGGCCGGAGAAAUAUCUUGGUGAUUUAGAAGUUUGGAAUGCAGCCGAAAAGGCUCUGGAAGAAUCGUUGAAUAAGUUCGGUCAGCCAUGGAAUUUGAAUCCGGGAGAUGGUGCUUUCUAUGGCCCAAAAAUCGAUAUUACCGUAAAAGAUGCAUUGAAACGUUCGUUUCAGUGUGCAACAAUCCAAUUGGAUUUCCAAUUGCCGCUUCGAUUCAACUUGAGCUACGUUGACGACAACGGUGAAAAGCGUCAUCCGGUCAUUGUUCAUCGUGCUAUUUUGGGUUCGGUGGAACGAUUCAUUGCAAUCAUCACAGAAAACUUUGCCGGUCGUUUCCCAUUCUGGAUUUCGCCAACACAAAUUAUGGUUGUGCCAGUUGGUCCAUCGUUGAACGAUUACGCUAAAUCCGUUGCCCAGCAACUGUAUGAAAUUGGUUACAUGGCCGAAGCGGAUACGGAUGAUGGUGAUACAAUGAACAAGAAGAUUCGUAAUGCUCAGCUGGGACACUACAAUUUCAUUUUGGUGGUGGGUGAAAAGGAAAAGACUGCCAACACAGUCAACGUUCGUACACGUGAUAAUAAAGUGCAUGGUGAAUUCUCAAUUGCUGAUCUAAUCGUGAAAUUGCAACGAUUCCGUGACGAAUUCAUAAUUGGUGAAGAGAAUUUCUAAGCGAACCAACAUCGCUUCUUUCAAUUUUUUGCACCAUCGCCAAUUUUUUAUCGCAUUUUCACUCUCCGGCUACAGUUUUAUUAAUCAAGUUAAUUUAUACAACAACAGCAUUUAAUGUAAUUCAAUCACAUAUAAUUGAAAAGUAAAAAAAAACAACAAAUGUAAGCAAUGUUUUGCAAUUCCAACAGAAAAAUAAUGUACACAGUCCAGUGCAUAAAUCAAUAAACGAUGUUUUGAUUUACAAUAAAAACAAAAUUCGAUGAGUAAGACAGACAGUAAAGUACUGUGUAAA